AUGUCCCAACAGACGCGUCCCGAUCUGACGGCUAAGCCGCCAAUGCCACGCGCUCGCUCAUUUACUCCAUCACUUCUUAUUGGAUUUAUCGUGUCGAUCUCCGUCGGUCUGUUUUUGAACUUUCCAUGGACAUAUUCUCGCUGGACAGCCCAUAUCGAGAACUUGGUGAAGGAGUAUAAAGAGGAGUCCGCCGCGGUCGAUGCAUGGAUUGCGACCCAGUCCCCCAUUGCAAAAGCCGGCGUAAUUGCCAACAUUGGACCCAUCGGUUCCAAGUCCUCUGGCGCUCUAGCUGGAAUUGUCAUUGCUAGUCCUAGCACUUCGAACCCGGACUACCUUUACACUUGGACCCGUGACGCUGCUUUGGUCUACAAGGCACUUAUCGACCAAUAUACCCGCGGCGAAGAUACUUCCCCCAGUCUUCGCCUCUUGAUCGACCAGUUCGUCGAGUCCCAGAGAAUCCAGCAGCAAGUUUCCAACCCCAGUGGCACCGUCUCCUCUGGCGGUCUCGGUGAACCCAAGUUCCACAUCAAUUUGGCCCCUUAUACCGGCGGAUGGGGAAGGCCCCAGCGAGAUGGCCCUGCCCUUCGCGCCACGGCUUUGACCACCUAUGCGAACUGGCUUAUCCAAAAUUCCAACACCUCGUUCGUGACCAACAGCAUUUGGCCCGUUCUCAAGUUGGACCUCGACUACGUCGCCAACAACUGGAAUCAGACUGGCUUCGAUCUCUGGGAGGAAGUUUCAUCAAGCUCUUACUUCACUACCGCCGCUCAGCACCGUGCCCUCCGUGAGGGUGCCGCCCUUGCCAGUGCCAUUGGUCAAACCUCCGUUGGUUCUGGUUACACCACCCAGGCCAACAAUGCCCUCUGCUUCAUGCAGUCGUACUGGAACCCCUCUGCCGGCUACAUGACCGCCAACACUGGAGGAGGACGCUCCGGCAAGGACGCCAAUGCCGUGCUCUCGUCCAACCACAACUUCGAUGCCACCGCCGUCUGCGACUCCGUCACCUUCCAGCCGUGCUCCGACAAGGCCUUGUCCAAUCUGAAGGUCUACGUUGACUCCUUCCGCUCUAUCUACGCCAUCAACUCCGGAAUUCCUGCCAACUCAGCUGUUGCUACUGGUCGCUACCCUGAGGAUUCCUACUACGGCGGAAACCCCUGGUAUCUCACCACCACUGCGGUCACUGAGCAGCUCUACAACGCCCUCACCGUCUGGAAGCAACAAGGCACCCUGAACGUCACCGCCAUCUCCCUGCCCUUCUUCCAGCAGUUCUCCCCCUCAGUCGCCGUCGGCUCCUACGCCAGCACCAGCACCACUUUCACAACGCUCACGACUGCCAUCCAGAACUACGCCGAUGGUUUCAUCGCCGUCGUUCAGAGGUACACUCCUUCCAACGGAGCUAUGUCCGAGCAAUACACUAGGGCCGCUGGCGUGCCCACCAGCGCUUCUGACCUGACCUGGUCGUACGCCGCCCUCCUUACUGCUAUCGCUGCUCGCCAGGGUGUCAUCCCGCCCAGCUGGGGUGCUGCCGGCCUCGUUGCCCCUGCCGUUUGCGGAGGUGGUGGCGGAGGCGGAGGCAGCGGUGUUGCUGUUACCUUCAACGUCCAAGCCACUACCGUCUGGGGAGAGAACAUCUACAUCACUGGCUCGGUCGGCGAGCUCCAGAAUUGGUCCCCUGACAAUGCCCUCCUUCUUUCCUCGGCUAACUACCCGACCUGGAGCAUCACCGUCAACAUCCCUGCCAACACCUACUUCGAGUACAAGUACAUUCGCAAGUUCAACGGUGCCGUCACCUGGGAGUCCGACCCCAACAGGUCCUUCACCACCCCGGCCUCCGGCACCUACACUCUCACUCAGUCCUGGAAGUAA